AUGGCGCCUCCCAAGAAAUCAAAGAAAAAUAAGAAGGAUGGUAAAUUGAAGAAAUGCAAGAGCUCAAGUGUGGCUCCAGUCGAGCCUACAGCUCCUGACUCUGAGUGGUGGGAUAGUUUCUGGCAGAAGAGUUCUUCAAAACCAGGCUCUUCACUAUGGAAAGAUGAGGAAGAAGGAUUUAAGCAUUUCUUUAGGGUCUCUAGAAAAACUUUUGAUUAUAUCUGUUCCAUUGUAAGAGAAGACCUUGUGUCGAGGCCACCAUCAGGGCUCAUCAACAUUGAAGGGAGGCUUCUUAGUGUUGAGAAACAGGUUGCAAUUGCCAUGAGAAGGUUGGCAUCUGGUGAGUCUCAGGUCUCAGUGGGAGCUGCCUUUGGGGUUGGCCAGUCCACAGUUUCUCAGGUGACUUGGAGAUUCAUUGAAGCAUUGGAAGAACGUGCAAAGCACCAUCUCAAGUGGCCGGAUUCCAAUAGGAUGGACGAAAUUAAGUCUAAAUUUGAAGCAUCUUUUGGAUUGCCCAAUUGCUGUGGAGCCAUUGACGGUACACACAUAAUAAUGACACUUCCUACCGUUCAAGCAUCAGAUGAUUGGUGUGACCCAGAGAAAAAUUACAGCAUGCUCUUGCAGGGAACUGUCGAUCAUGAGUUAAGGUUCCUUGAUAUUGUGACCGGUUGGCCUGGGGGCAUGACACUAUCUAGACUAUUAAAGUGUUCAGGACUUUUCAAGCUCUGCGAAAGUGGAAACCGUUUAAAUGGGAAUGUUAGAACUUCACCUGAAGGAGAGAUCAGAGAAUAUGUAGUUGGUGGGAUUUGCUAUCCUCUCCUCUCCUGGCUCAUAACUCCUUAUGAAAGCAGUGGCCUCCCGGCUUCUUCUGUUUCUGCUUUUAAUGCCGCGCAUGAGUCUGCAAGGUCUCUUGCAGUAAGGGCAUUCUCUCAGUUAAAGGGCACUUGGAGAAUCCUUAGCAAGGUUAUGUGGAGACCAGAUAAGCGGAAACUUCCAAGCAUUAUCUUGGUAUGUUGUUUACUCCACAACAUAAUAAUUGACCGUGGAGAUAUAUUACACCCAGAUGUUGCUUUAUCUGGUCAUCACGACUCGGGAUAUGGAGAACAAUGCUGUAAGCAAGUUGAUCCAUCGGGGAGGACUAUGAGGGAGAACUUAGUUAAACACUGGCAGCGUAGCAGGAAAACAGCUGCAUCAGACUAAUGCUCUUUUUGUGUUGGAAACCUGGAGCAUCUUCGAGCAACGCCAUUACAACUUUACAAGUUAUUAUUCAACCAUUGAUAUUGUUUGGGGAGGAGUUAAAGCUUGUAACCAAGAAACUGUAACUAGUCUCUUAAAAGCUAUACCAGGAGCUCAGGAAGGAAUAAUUUUCUGCUGUC